AUGCAAGAUUCUAGCACGUUUGCUGCACCUAUACCACCAACAACACCUUCGCCAGAAAACAACAACUUUAUAACAUGGAAACCACUUAGAGCUGGCGGUGGCAUCUACAAUGUCAAGUACUCAGAGCCUCUAGACCUUUACUAUGUCUAUACGCCUUACUACAAGAAAUCUAAGUACCCAGUCACAGAACUACAGUUCCCAAAGGAUAACAAGGAGGAGCUCAAUAUUAUUCAAGCCUGGAAUGCCUUGGAGCAACCCCACCCAAACGGCAGCCCACGGCUGCGGUUAUCUGACAUAAUACAGGCUGUAGCUGAAGAGCAGGCACACGUAGAUCUGGGUUUACUUAACUGGGUUCGCGUAGACUAUGUUCUCAACAAGCAAACACUCAGUGUUAUAGACGACUUCUUUGCCGAUUGGAAAAAACUCAACAAUAAACCGCAUCCACCCACAGUUACCGUUAAACCAUCCAGCUCGUUCUGGCCAGCCUUCAACAACACACCAUUUGUAAAGGCAGUCAAUUACGCGCUUGAAAAGAAGAAUAGAAUGAUAGUUGGUUAA